AUGACAUCAAAUAGCGUAAAUACAUCAAUAUCCAAAGUUUAUGCGGAUGUAUUGGCGUCAAAACCCCAAUCAUAUUGGGAUUAUGAGAAUGUGAACAUUAAGUGGAACUCGCAAGAGAACUACGAAAUUAUUAAGAAGUUAGGUAGAGGGAAAUAUUCUGAGGUAUUUUUGGGAAUAGACUUAGCCAAGGGUGACAAAUGUGUUAUCAAGGUAUUAAAGCCGGUUAAGAGAAAGAAGAUCAAAAGAGAAAUAUCGAUUUUAAAAAACUUGGUAACGGGCCCUAAUGUGAUUGGGCUUUUGGAUAUAGUGAGAGAGCCACAGCUGAAAACCCCGGCUUUAAUAUUCGAAAAUGUUAAUAACCUUGAUUUCAGGACUUUGUACCCAACAUUCACGGAUUAUGACAUAAGAUUUUACAUGUACGAAUUGUUGAAAGCUUUGGAUUAUUCUCAUUCAAUGGGUAUAAUGCACAGAGAUGUCAAACCACACAAUGUUAUGAUUGAUCAUGAUAAGAAGGUUUUGAGGUUAAUUGACUGGGGUUUGGCAGAAUACUACCACCCGGGAACAGAAUACAACGUUAGAGUUGCAUCGAGAUAUUUCAAAGGCCCUGAAUUAUUGGUAGAUUUCAGAUUAUACGACUAUUCUUUGGAUUUAUGGUCUUAUGGAUGUAUGUUAGCAUCAAUGGUAUUUAAAAAAGAGCCGUUUUUCCAUGGUAAUUCGAACACAGAUCAAUUAGUACAAAUUGUUAGAGUUUUGGGAUCUGACGAUCUCAACAGAUAUUUACAAACCUAUAAUUUAACCUUAAGUGAUGACUAUGAAGACUUGGGAUAUUAUAAUAGAAGACCUUGGAAGAGAUUCAUAAACGAGAAUAACCAACAUCUUGUUUCGGAGGAAUUCCUCGAUUUUAUCGAUAAAUUAUUAAGAUAUGAUCAUCAAGAAAGAUUAACGGCGAAGGAAGCAAUGGCGCAUGCAUAUUUCAAUCCAGUGAGAGACGCGGCAAAAUAA